UCUCCAUGCUGUUCACAGCCUUUGGAAGCUGGCGUUACGCGAAAUGGAAAGGAGCCUCCGCUGAAAAUUUCCAGUUCGAGUAAAGGCGUCUGACAUCUUUCCCGACACGGAACGAAAAUGAUUUCUUCACAUAUUUAUCUGCUUGACUGGAAAAUCUGUCCUUUCUUCUUUAGGUUAAUGUAAAAUUCACAAUUAAAAAAAGUCCCCCCCCUCAAUUCUCGAUUGUUUUGGAGCAACUAAACAGAAGAAAGGGAUUGUUUAGUUUGUGGCACCAAGAGGAAUCACCGGAGUUCACGAUGGACGGGUCGCAGUGCUACUACAAUGAGACAAUUGCUUUCUUUUAUAACCGCAGUGGAAAGCAUCUGGCCACAGAGUGGAAUACAGUCAGCAAGCUGGUGAUGGGCCUGGGGAUUACAGUGUGCAUCGUCAUCAUGCUGGCCAACUUGCUCGUCAUGGUGGCCAUCUACACCAACCGGCGCUUCCACUUCCCCAUCUACUAUCUGAUGGCCAACCUGGCGGCGGCGGACUUCUUUGCUGGCCUGGCUUACUUCUACCUGAUGUUCAACACGGGCCCCAACACAAGGCGGCUGACGGUCAGCACCUGGCUGCUGCGCCAGGGGCUCCUGGACACCAGCCUGACCGCCUCAGUGGCCAACCUGCUGGCCAUCGCCAUCGAGCGCCACAUCACCGUCUUCCGCAUGCAGCUGCACACACGCAUGAGCAACCGGCGGGUAGUGGUGGUCAUCGUGGUCAUCUGGACCAUGUCCAUCGUCAUGGGCGCCAUCCCCAGCGCAGGCUGGAACUGCAUCUGCAACAUCAACUCCUGCUCCAACAUGGCACCCCUCUACAGCAACUCGUAUCUGGUCUUCUGGGCCGUCUUCAACCUGGUCACCUUUGUAGUCAUGGUGGUCCUCUAUGCCCACAUAUUCGUCUAUGUGCGGCGGAGGACCAUGCGGAUGUCCCGGCAGAUCUCGGGGCCACGCCGGAAGCGAGACACCAUGAUGAGCCUGCUGAAGACGGUGGUGAUCGUUCUGGGUGCCUUCAUCAUUUGCUGGACACCUGGCUUGGUAUUGCUGCUUUUGGAUGUGUUCUGUGCCAAGUGCAAUGUGUUGGAUUUCGAGAAGUUCUUCCUCCUCCUGGCAGAGUUCAACUCUGCCAUGAACCCGAUCAUCUACUCCUACCGGGACAAAGAGAUGAGCGCCACCUUCAAGCAGAUCCUGUGCUGCCAGCGGCAGGAUAAUGUGAACGGCACUACCGAGGGCUCGGACCGCUCUGCCUCCUCCGUCAACCACACCAUCCUAAGCGGACCGCUUUAUGACCGCACGGUCGUGUGAAAGAUGCUGCGAGAGAGCCGAAUGUUGGGACAGAGUACCACGUGCUGUGUCCCAGAUCAUUCCGACAACGUACAAGCCAGACAUUUAGCCAUCGAGGACUAUGCUGUUGCAUUGCUGUUGUGGAAAUGUCAAAUUUCUAAUAAGGCUCCAUGAAUUACGCAAGGAGGACUGAUCUAAGAUGUGAAGUAUAUGUCAGUAUAUGUAUAGCUGUUCUUGUAUGUAUAACUACCACUGAGCCCUGGUUAUUCUCUUACUCUAGUAGGGAUGUCAAGGUAAAUGGUUUUCAUGAUAUGCUACAAUAUUCAACUUUUUUAUUAUCGGUCUGCAGACAUUUUCCUAUAUUAUAGUAAUCGUGUUAAAGGUAUGCCAUUGUAUUUAUUAUAUGUUUCAUUUUUUAAUGCAGAUCAAGAUUUCACCACAGUAGCUUACAGUAUUGCUUGCAUGUUGCAAUACAGAAAGUUAGUUCAUUAGUUCAGCUCCCAGUGUGUGUAUACUUGCCAAAGAAGGGAAUUCCAUUCCAUUAUUCUUCAUCUGUGGAAACACUAAAUUGUCUUGUAUAUAAAUGAAAUGUUUAACUUUAUAGUAGCUCAGCACCUGCUAUGUAAAACAGCAAAUACACUUGAAGAAUUAUUGUUAGAAGUUUUCACAAAUGAACCUGAAACUUGGAUUCC